AUGGGGAAGAAAGGAAAAGGCGGGAAGAAAGGCAACAAGAAAAAGGAAAAAGAAGAAGUAGUUGAGGAAUUAAGUGAGGUAGACAAGGAAUUGUAUCAGCUUCAAAUAACCGAUCUCACAAGGAAAGUUGAGAGGCUUAAAGCAAGGUGUUUGGACCUAGAGCUCAGUAAUGAAGAAUAUCAAAAAUUGUAUGAGGUUCUUGAUGAAGACAGGGCAGAUAUAAUUUCAUACUUGAAAAAAAUUCUCCAGGAGAAAGUAGGUGAAAUUCAAGAACUGCAGGAGAGAAUUGAUGGAUUGAAAAAGUCUCGGGAAGCUGAAACAAAAGUGUACAAGAACAAAAUCUCUCAAAUGGAACAUGAUUACAAAAUGAUGCAUGAGCAAUUAACAUCUGAGAUACUGUUAAUAAAUGGAAAGCUGAAUUCAUUGGAAGAAUUUCGAAUUCAACGAGAUGAAUUAAUGAAUAAGUUCAGCCUUCAAGAAAAAGAGAUUGCUGAGCAGGAAAAAAGACACAAACAGACACUCUAUGAAGUGGAAAGGCAAUUCAUCCUUGCAAAGGAUAAAGCUAUGAAGGAAAUGGAGACUAGAUUGCUGCAAUUAUCAAAUGAUUUUGAAGAUGCAACACAAACCAGAAUUGCUGCUACAACUCAGAGAGCAAUAAGAGAAAAUAUUGCUUUAAACAAUGAGCUUGACAAGAUGUUAGAGACCAACAAAUACUUGAAGAUAGAAAAUGAAAUGCUGAAAGAGAAAAAUAUGGACUUGAAAACAAAAAUGAAACUUUAUGAAGCAGAGAAACAUCAAGCUCUCACUAUGUGUGUUGAGCAACAAACACGGAUUGAAACUUUAACAAGCCAACAACAGAGAAUGGAGCAAGAGAGAGAGAAACUGCAAGCAGAGGCAAAUACUGCAGCCACACUCCAGCAAGAAUUAAAUGAGCUUAAGGAAGAGGCUAAUGAGAGAAACAGUCAGCUGAAGGCAACACAGCAGGAAUUACAAAAGGCACUUAGAAAACAAAACGAGCUAAAUAAUAAAAUAGCGGAGGCUCAAAUGUGGUCUGAUAAGCUUGAAAAUGUGCUGCAGAGCGCAGUUACUGCAAUCAAAGAAGCUCUAAUGGUACAGCAGGACUUCCCAGAUGAUUCAUUUCAUGUAAGCAAGAGAGAGGCGCUAUUGAAAUAUCUUUUGGAGCUGAUCAAUAUCAGCGAGGCAGAUCAGAGGAGAAGAGUGGAAAAAAUGUAA